AUGUCCUUUAACUCAUGGAGACAAUUCCAAUUCUUUGAUAAUAUACCUAUUAGUGAUUCUCUACUAGCAUCUAACAAUACAUUAUUUUCUGAUCCAAGUGUAUCUUCAAUUGCAUCCUUAACAUUAUUGGAUGAAAACAGUGACGAUACAGAUUUGCUUCUAGUUGGCUAUGAUUUUACAAGAAUAAAAAUAUGUUCACUCAAAUAUUCUAAAAUAUUAAUUGACUUCAACGCAUAUGAAGCUGGCUACGAAAUUACAAAACUACAAAAUAUGAUUCAUUUACCAUCUUUUUUCAUCAGUGUUGCAGAAUGUUCCGGGAAACCAGCAUUAAUAAAAGUUUGGAAAUAUUCAGAUAACCUUCUCAAAAAUGAAAAUUCCUAUCAUUCCUUAGUUGAGGCAAACAAUACAAUAAGCAACAACACUUUCCCCAUUUCAGCAAUAAGUUUUUCAAUUGUUCUUAAUUGUAUAGCUGUCGGUUACACGGAUGGUUCAAUUAUUUUGAUAAGAGGUGACAUCUAUAGAGAUAGAGGCAGUAAACAAAGAAUAAUAUAUUAUGAUUCACAGAAGGAGCCCAUUACAAAUUUGGCGUUGGAAGAAAGUUCUACCUAUCUAUUUGUGUCUACAACUUCAAAAAUAAUGGUUUUCUCUACACAUGGUAGGAAUAAUAAACAACCUGACUUGAUAUUAAAUAAUGAAAAUGGUGUUGAUUUAUAUUGUGGUCAAAUUGACCUUUUACAAAAAAAUUUCAUAUGUGUUACUAAGGAUAGCCUAGACACUUACACUUUCAAAGGUGAAAAAAAGUCAUUGUCACUUGAUGUGCCCUCCAAAACGCAGCUAUUUCAAAUUGAUGAAAACCGCAUUUUACUUGUCAGUGACGUGGAUUCCAGUAGUUAUACUUCAAAAGCAUUUUCCGGAAUGACCAAUAAUAGUGUCAAUAUAUUAGACAUUAGGAAUAAAUUAGUUUCAAUGAGUGCCUUCAUACCAAGCCAGGUCAUUCAUAUUUUCACGUUCAAAUUUGAUGGAAUACCUAGCAUUAUGCUGUUUUCUAGUGACCACAAAUUAUAUAAGAUUACCGAGAAGCCAAUAGCCGAUCAAUUACAGAUUGUUUUACAAAGAGAAUUGUACCCAAUAGCGUUAAAUAUUGCAUCGCAAAAUUCUAAGGCAGUGUCAACUUUAGAUAUAAAAAAAAUUGAAAGGGAAUAUGGUGAUUAUUUGUACAAGAAGGGCGCUAAGACCAAAGCUAUGGAACAAUAUAUUCGUUGCAUAGAUACCAUCACAGAAACUAGUGAAAUUAUUUCCAAAUACAGUAUAGCUCAGGGGGAUUCUUGGGAAAGCAUAAAAUCGUUGACAAAGUUUUUGUGGGCUUUGGUAAAAAAGGGACUGGCACAAAUAGACCACGUAACUCUUUUACUUGUAACUAUGAUCAAGUUGAAGGACAGAGACGGAAUCAAUACGUUUAUAAAUCAUUAUACACGUGAUGGCACCUAUUCUGAAAAGGCUUCAUGUGAAGAUGUUACCACUUUAUGGGGCCAAGCGGAUGACGAUUAUUUUUACUCCACUGAUGUUCCAUUUGAUUUAGAAAAAGUUGUGAGUUUAUUAAAAGAUGUUGAUUUUAAUGUAGAGGCGUAUAAACUGUGUAGAAAAUUCUCUAAAGAUCCAGCAGACACCGUUGAUAUUUUAUUAAACACUUUGAAGGAUCCUGUUAGUGCUUUGAGAUAUACCAAAAGCCUACCCGUUGAUGAUGCACUACGUGUUUUGAUAUCAUAUUCCAAAAUUUUCUUGGAUUAUUUACCAAAUGAUACCAAUGCAUUGCUGAUUGAAAUAUUUAUCGGGAAGUAUAAACCGGAAAUAUAUUCCAUGAACGAUUCUGUCCUCAAUAAUUCUAGUAGUGAGGUUAAUAACAACGGUUUUAACAAUAAAAUGGUUUUCCAUAAUUAUGCUUCAUUUUUCAGUUACAUGAACAAUUCCAGUGUUGAAAACCAACAAAACUAUGAGCCCACUUAUCAUCCUCCAAGACCCAAUUUGAUUUUUACGUCAUUUGUAGGUAAGCCAUACGAAUUUGUUGUAUUUUUGGAAGCAUGUUUGGAAUCAUAUAAGAGAUUCAAAGGGUUUGACAAUGAUAAACAAGAAGUAUUGACUACAUUAUACAAUCUCUACUUAUCACUAAGCGAAGAAGAAAGCACAGACAAUUUAGAAAGGAAGGAUAGUUGGCGAGAAAAGGCUGCGAAAAUUUUUGAAGAAAGCGAGGAGUUGGUGAAAUCCUCUCAUUCCUCUGCCACCUUUCCUUCUGAAGGUAUUGAAAACUCUUUAAUGGUUUUGAUUUCUCAUUUACAUAAUUUUAAUAUAGAUCAAGCUCAGAGUCUUCAAUUUGGUGCAGAAUCAGAUCACAUGUCAAAGUUUAGAACGCUGUUACUGAAGAAUGAGCCUACCGAGGUUAUCAGGUAUUUACAUGAAAAUGGAGAGAAAGAGUUUGAUCUUUAUAGAUCGAUUUUAAGGCAUGUUGUAUCGAGCAAAUCUAUUUUUGAAUUAUACGGAGGGGAUGCGGGAGUUAAAAAAAACAUUUUAGAACCCAUUAAAGAAUUACAAGUUAUGGAUUCAUUAGAGAUAAUUCGAAUAUUGAGUAUGUCUGAAGUUGCUUCAUUUGGACUAAUUAAAGAUGCAUUGUUAGAAAAUUUGCAAGACACAAACAGAGAAAUUGAAAACAACCAGAAAUUAUCCACUUCUUACAAAAAUGAGUUAGAUGGCAUUGAGAAUGAAAUUGAGAAAUUAUUCCAAAAGGACGCAUCUGUGGAGAUAAAAAUGAGUAGGGAAAUCUGUAAGAUAUGUCAAACUAUAUUGGAACUUCCGGUGGUUUACUUCAAGUGUGGACAUGCUUAUCACCAAAAAUGUUUGAAUGAGGAAUUUUCUAGUAGUAGUACUACUGAUGAUAAUAAGACUGAAAGUGCUAUACUUGAGGAAAGUCACUCAGUAUAUAAGUGUCCACAGUGUUUAUUAGAAUUGGAAACAUCUGGGAAAUUGUACAAAGCUCAGCUAGAUUUUGCCAAUAAGGAGGAAGAAGAGUUCAACAUAGCAUUGACCAGUGCAGAGGGUGAAAAUGAUUGUUUUAAUGUUGUGACAGAAUAUAUUGGAAAAGGUUGUUUAGAAAAUUCGUAUGCUAUUUUAGAAUAG